AUGCAUGGAACGGGCCGGCAGCCAUACUCCGGAUCUCCUUCGUUGAAAUUCAAUUCUCGUAAACUUACCGUGCUGCAAUUGAAACGCAAUAUAACCGUCAGACUGAUAAAUGUGGAUAAGCUUCUCUCUCAACCCAAUUUAGAUCAGACAUCUUUGGAUUUCACCGAAACUUCCUUCAUUGUGGAAUACAUAGACUGGAUAGAGAGAUUCGUUGCGUUCAUUCAAGUGCUUGCUGUUUUGUCUGUUAAAAUUUACAAUGCGAUUCGAGGCCGUUCGCACAACAAAGAAUGCGAUUUAAAUGAGGAAAAAGUCUGCACUGUUUUUCCUAAAAAAAAAUGCAGUUUAUUAAAGAAUAUCGUUUUACCACCAUACUUUAAAAACGUUAUGUCAUAUGUCGGACUGUUUCUGUUUUUAGACUAA